AUGACCUGGCGGAACCUCAAGAUGAUCUACGUCCGGGCCGUCGCGCCCCAGCCGGCGCCCGCGGGCCUCAGCGCCGCGGCCGUCUCCGAGCCGCCCUGGCCCGAGCCGCAGCCGCGCGUCGAGGCCAUGGAGAUCUUCGCCGGGUCCGGGUCCAUGUCGCGCGCGCUGCGAGACGGCGGCGCCUCCGUCGUCGCCACCUGCGAGAACGACCCGCGCAAGGCGGGCGCCCUGGCCAACAGCCUUCCCGGCGUCCACAACUACGGUGACAUCCACGACGACUCCAUCGUGGGCCACCUAUCGGUGAUGCUGCCCUCUCCCUACGUGCCCAUCGGCGGGCCGGCGCCGCGGCGGCGCGGCGCGGUGGCCGUCGUGCUCGUCGCGGCGGCGCUGGUCGUCGCGUUGCAGCUGCCGCGACUGCGAACGGCCGCGCCGUCCCUCGCGACGACGUCCGCGUCCGCGGCCGGCGCCGAGGAGGUGGGCUUCGAGAAGAUCACGAUCUACGCCGACGACCUGCUCGCCCACGAGAACGUCUGCUACUGGGUGAAGCGCACGAUGAUGGUCCAGGACUGCUACAACGUGCCCGAGACGCUGCUGUCGACGAUGCUGCCGCGGCAGAUCGUCGUCCGGUUCCAGCGCGAGCGCGUCGAGCGGAGCAUCGGCGAGCAGGCCUCGGAGGGCUACGUCGCCUUCAACCUCCAGCGCCAGGACCGGACGAGCCAGGCCGUGCUGACGUGCAGCUGGCUCGUCGUGAUGACGCUGCUCGGCGAGAUCCGCACGAUCGUGCCGUUCGGGACCUGGGCCGCGGCCGACGACGACUUCGUCGGGCCCAUGGACGACGCCCCGCUCCUCGACGACGGCUACAUCCCGCCCAUGGGCGCCGCGGACGACUUCGGCGCCGCGCCCGCGGACGACUUCGGCGCCGCGCCCGCGCCGGACGGGCCCGCGCGGCGGCGCGCGCAGGGCCCGGCGCCGGGCCCGCCCCCCGGGGACGACGGCUUCGUGCCGCCGCCCUUCUCCGGCGACGACGACGCGACGGGCGCGGGCUACUACGGCUCCGGCGGCUUCAAGAGCUGGAACGACCGCGAGUUCCUGAUCGCGGCGGGCGUCGACACGUCGUGGGACGGCUACCUCUACAAGUUCGACUGGCGCACGGGCAACUUCACGCUCCUGCUCGACGAGAUGGUCGACGUCCACGACGCCCAGCGGGCGGCGGACGGCGACCGGGCCUGGGUGCUGCUGAGCGGCGAGUACGAGUUCGGCGAGGUGUCGCUCGACGGCGACGCGACGGAGCUCGAGACCAAGGUCGAGCGCGUCGCCUCCGCGAACCUCGACUUCAACCACCUCCAGCUCGUCGACGACGACGCCCACGCCGUCAUCUCGAGCCGCACGGACUCGACGAUCUACAAGUGCGACCCGGCCGCGGACCAGUCGCCCAAGGUCUGGGCGCUCGGCGGGCCCGACGGCGACUACGACAUCGUCGGCCUCGACGGCACGGUGUACCCCGCCGGCGACUCCUACUGGUCCGGCCAGCACAACGCCGAGUACAUCGGCGACGACGAGUACGCCAUGUUCAACAACAACUGGCCCGUCGGCGUCGGCCCGACGAACAACUCGGAGCUGCUCGUCGUCCACCUCGACCCGGCGGACACCUACGCCACCGUGGUCUGGUCCUACGACACGAACACGAAGACGGAGGAGUACGGCGACAACGACCUCCUGCCCACGGGCAACAUGCUCGGCUGCUGGUGGCAGACCGUGUCGCGGUCCGUCGAGGACGACUACGAGUGCAAGAUCGUCGAGGUCGUGCGCGACACGUCGGAGCUCGCCGUCGAGAUCGAGUUCUUCGGCGGCGAGGAGUGCACCGCCGGCACGUGCCUCGUCAACGCGUCCUGGUACACGUACAGCGUCGAGCGCUUCUUCUCCCGGCCGCUCGUCUACGACGUGACGUGCGCGGACGGCUUCCUCGCCUUCACGACCCAGGACACGUUCAAGCGCAGCGACGCCCAGGCCGGCACCUUCCAGGUCUACGACGCGGCCGACGACCUCGUCGUCGACGCCGUCGCGUUCUCCUACGUCGCGCACUGGCGGCCCACGUACCUCAACGCGUCCAUCGGCGCGACCGCGGGCUUCGCCGGCCACCUCGUCGUCGCCAACGCCUUCGGCACGAACCGCACCGUCGCGUUCUCCUGCGCCUCCUGA